CGGGGGCGCGCGAGGAUCGGAUCCCCGGCGCGCGCUUCCCCAGCCAGCGCGGCUCAGCGCCGCCUCGCUCGGUGCAGCGCAGCAGCGAGGUUCAGGACAAAGGCGUAGGCGGGCCGCGGGCCAGCUGUGCCGUCAUGGCAGAGAAGGUGAACAACUUCCCACCGCUGCCCAAGUUCAUCCCGCUGAAGCCAUGUUUCUACCAAGACUUCGAGGCUGACAUCCCACCGCAACAUCUCAGCAUGACCAAGCGCCUCUACUACCUCUGGAUGCUGAACAGCGUCACGCUGGCCGUGAACCUGGUGGGCUGUCUCGCGUGGCUGAUCGGAGGCGGGGGAGCCACCAACUUUGGCCUGGCCUUUCUCUGGCUCAUCCUCUUCACGCCCUGCUCCUACGUCUGCUGGUUUCGGCCCAUUUACAAGGCCUUCAAAACUGACAGCUCCUUCAGCUUCAUGGCAUUCUUCUUCACCUUCAUGGCGCAGCUGGUCAUCAGCAUCAUCCAGGCCGUGGGCAUCCCAGGCUGGGGCGUCUGCGGCUGGAUCGCAACUAUCUCCUUCUUCGGGACGAACGUCGGCUCGGCUGUGGUCAUGCUCAUCCCCACCAUCAUGUUCACGGUCAUGGCCGUCUUCUCCUUCAUCGCCCUCAGCAUGGUUCAUAAGUUCUACCGGGGCAGUGGAGGGAGUUUCAGCAAAGCACAGGAGGAGUGGACCACGGGUGCAUGGAAGAACCCCCACGUGCAGCAGGCAGCCCAGAACGCGGCUAUGGGGGCAGCCCAGGGGGCUAUGAGCCAGCCGCAGCCCCAGUACUCCGCCACCCCCAGCUACACAUAUUCCAAUGAGAUGUGAGCCCGCCACACCCGCUCAGAGGCAGGGCCAGGGCAUGGGACGGGGGCUCGAGCCACAUUGGCUGUGGUGACCAAGCAGGGUUCCCUUCUUCCUUUCCUCUUUCCCCUACUUUGUACAAAGAAUCAGAUAUAUAUGAAUAUAUAUAUCUGCAUCUGUCCACCUUUGUCCCCGCUCGCCUCUCAGAGCCACAGGCUGUGCGCGGAGCCAUCUGGUGCCGUGUCUGCCGUGUCCCCGUGCCCUUGUGAAAUAGUGCAGUGGAGGUCUCUUGUCGUGGUGCUAGAUGUAUGUUUAGAACCAAACCAGCGCCCCCUCCACCAUGCCACCCCCUCUGACCCUGGCCCAGGACCCCUGGGGCAUUCGUGCCCUCUGCAGGCUCUGAGCUGAAUCUACUUCCACCUGGGUCCUGCUGAGAAAAACAGGAUCUCCCCUUGCUCCUUGGGACCCCUCCAUGCUCCCCGCUUGUGUCCUCCCUGCCUUCAGAUCCCCUGCACACUUCCCUUGCCCAGGGUCUCUCUUCCCUGAGUGGUUUUUCUUUGUCCCCCUGAGGCUGAGUGUCUUAGUUACAUCUGCUCUGAGACUGAGCGCAGAUUCCCAGCGUGACUGGACUCCCAGCUCCAGGAAGCUGGCAGGGGACUAAGCUACAUCAGCCUUGAUGUGGGGGCUUGCAGCUGGACGUGCAGAGCCCCCGGGGGUACCUGGCUCCCAGGAAAGAAAAUGUAGGCCUGGUCUCCUUGGCUGUCAGCUUGGUUGCAGAGUCGGGCUUACCCUUUCCCUCCUGUGCCUUCCCCUUCUCCGCCUCCAGCCCCCUUGAGCAAGCCCCCUGCUGCCUCCUCAUGAUACCCCCUCUGCCUUCUCUGAAGAGCUGGGUCUCGCUGGGCAGGUGUCACCCGUACCUCAAAACUGGAGCAGAAACUGUAAAUAAUCACGGGUCCCUAACAGAGGCCUGGCCGGCCCGGGCCCGCAGGACUUCUAGGGUCUCUGCAUGACCACUGGGUUCCUGGAAGCAUAGCUCUUCUACUGGAGUGGCAGGAGGGAGGGUUAGCUCAGAGGACAGGGAGACAGGGCUCUCGAGAGAGGAGCCUGCGCCUCUGCCCCACUUGCUCGUGGCCACAGGGCAGCCUUGGACAUUUGCGUUCAGGCCCAGGAAGAAGUGCCAGGCGCCAUCCCCACCGCAAGCACAAAGGCCGGAAGAGGAGUUCUGGUGAGGCAGGCAGGAGGGGUUUAGUUUAGCUCUGUUUUUCCACAUCCAGCUAAGUUGUUCUUUGCCUGCGGGACUUGGUUCCUGGCCUUUCCUCAGCCCGCUUCCAGGGAGUGAGUCCAGGCCUGAGGCUGUUCUGUUUCAAGCAGGGGGUGGCCACAGCUUUGUGGGAGGCUGCAGUGGUGGUGGUGGGGUGCUCACCGAGGGCGCAGCUGCCUGUCCCCACCAUCCUUGUUCUGACGGAGCCUCCCUGGGCUAGCUGGAUGGGUGCCCUGGCUCCAUGUGGAGCUCAGUACCUGGGUUUUCAGGCCAUCCAGAGCAUGGCCUUCCAUGGCUUCUCUUCCCUGAGGGACUCAGGUCCUCCCCAGAGUCCUCUUCCUGACGGCCCCUCAGGCUUGAGCCCCAUGCUGUGACUGGUUCCCUUCUCUGCCAUUCUCUCUGGAGAGCAGCUAUCCCAGGCUCUAGGUCCAGGCCCUUCCUCUCCUUUCCUCCCUCUUACCCCAGACUUCUGGCUCCCUUUCCCUUUGUCCCUCUGGUCAUUCUGGAGUGCUGUGGUCCAGCUGCCAGCCUCGCAUUCACGAUCUGUUGAAUGCCACCUCCAAUCAGUUUCCUGUCCCACUUCUCUUUCCUGGAUGAGACCUACGUGGUCAGACCUGGCACUGCCCUGGGGAAAGCUUGUCUCCUGCACCUAGCCUGGCUUGCUCAGGCCCUAGGAUGCUGCGGCUCCCAGCAACUAUGCACUUCCUGGGAGGGAACCCAUGUAAGCUGUGGGGCCGGGAAUGGGCCCAGCUUGGCCCAGGAAGAGGGAGGAGGGCCCAGUCAGGUCUGCGGCCAGCCAGAGGCCUGCUUCUGCAUUCUCCUGGUGCCCACUGCCCUCCUUGUUUCCGGGAGACACAGACCAUUCCCUGGCUGGCAGUUGACCUGCCUGAGCCAACAUGUCUAUCUGUGGUAACCGAGUGAACCGUAAUAAAGGGGAACAUGUGGUCCUGUGUUCUG